AGAGAUUGGUGAAAGUGUGAGAGGAGAAGAUGUGUAUAUCAUCCAGAGUGGCUGUGGAGAAAUAAAUGACAACUUAAUGGAACUGCUCAUCAUGAUCAAUGCUUGCAAGAUUGCAUCAUCCUCCAGAGUGACUGCUGUAAUUCCAUGUUUUCCAUAUGCCAGGCAAGAUAAGAAAGACAAGAAGGGGUCCGUGGAGCGUUGGAGUCGUGCUCCAAUCUCUGCAAAACUUGUUGCCAACAUGCUGUCGGUUGCGGGGGCUGACCACAUCAUCACCAUGGACUUGCAUGCUUCUCAGAUCCAGGGUUUCUUUGACAUUCCAGUAGAUAACCUGUAUGCAGAACCUGCAGUGCUGCAGUGGAUUAAAGAGAACAUUUUGGAGUGGAGAAACUGUAUCAUAGUCUCACCUGAUGCAGGUGGUGCAAAAAGGGUUACUUCAAUUGCUGACAGACUGAAUGUGGAAUUUGCUCUCAUUCAUAAGGAGAGAAAGAAGGCAAAUGAAGUGGACAGAAUGGUCUUGGUUGGUGACGUGAAAGACAGAGUAGCGAUUCUUGUCGAUGAUAUGGCUGACACAUGUGGCACAAUAUGUCAUGCAGCAGAGAAGUAA